AUGGUGUGGGCGUGUGGCUCAUGCAAAUUAAUUGCUCCGUUCAUCAAGAAAUCGGUCAACGAUAACUCAGACGUAGUAAUGCUGAAAGUUAAUGUUGACGAAUGUGAAGAAGCCGCAAUUCAAUACAACAUUCCAUGUCCACAUUUGUCUUUAUAA